GGGAUAAAAAGGGGCAGUUGGAUGGGUUGGGUCCUGUAGCAGCUACAUCCUGAUCUGCAGGGAGGCUGCUUGUCCUCGGCUCCACUGGGUACAGCUGUGCAAGGUGCCUCUGAGGAAGACAACCCCCCUCGGGCGCCAUGUGGCGGCAAUCUCAGCUUCUCUUCCUGCUGUGUCUGGUUCUGUCCAGCGGCUCUGCUGACAAGUUUACAGAUGAUGAAGAGGAUAGCUGCACAUUAAUAGAUGCUCUCCCGUACGUGGUCGUGGGAGGAGCUGCUCUGAUGUACGCGGGACCAGCCGUGCUGGCUACGCUGGGGUUCCAGGCCACCGGCAUAGCAGCCAACUCCGUGGGUUCCUGGCUGAUGAGCUGGUCUGCCAUAAGUUCGGGAGGCGGUGUGCCUGCAGGGGGAGUCGUGGCCACGCUCCAGAGCCUCGGAGCUCAAGCAGGCAGCGUGGCCUGGGGGUCGGUCGGCUCCAAGCUGGGCUACACCGUCCACCAGAACUUCAUCUGCGGCAAGAAGCAGAAGUCCAAGAAGCAGUAAUCCCCCUCCCCCUGCAGCUCUCCUCUCGCCGGCUGUCGGGAAAGCUGCCUCUGGGCUCGCCAUACCGAGCCUGGGCAUAGGCGUAGUUUGACUUCUGUAUUUGGGGGAAGGGGUUUGAUGCAAUUCUCCAGGGAUUUGCUCUAAUUCCUACUGAAAUCAAUAGGUGUGUUUGGCCAGGUCUACCCUACCCAUGUACUGUGGUAUAACUACGUCACUCAGGUGUGAAAAAUCCACACGCCUGAGCAACAAAGCUAUACCAGCCCCCCGGGCAAUCUGGGUGUGGGCAGCUUGGUGGGGUGUCUGGAUGCAGGAGAGAUCUGGAUGCAGAGGGGCUUGUUGGGGGAUUCCAGGUGCAGGGGGAAUGGGACACUGUGGGGAGGGGGGUCCAGGUGAAGGUGGUUGGGGCACAGCAGGGUGGGUCUGGGUGCAGGGGGGCAUCUGAAUGCAUGGGGGGUUGGGUGGACCGGGGGAGGGCAGCUCCCUGCACAGUGACCCCUCCUCCCCUUUCCGCCCCCCGUGGCUGAGGAGCGAUCGGGGGCAGGUAGUGGGGGGUGGGGAAGCAGCUUUGGAGGGAGGGGGUUGCCAAAGGUGGUUGGUGCAACCGUUAAAUGGUUCCCCCAAAGAAAGCGACUGAACAGACUGUGGCUAUGGGGUUUAAUCCUUUCUGGGCUGGGGAGUGGGAGACCGGCCAGCAACCUACAAGAGGCUGCAGAGGAAAAAUAAAAAAUAAAAAAACGUUUGCAGCCAGGAA